AUGAAGAUCACAAUAGUUGCAUUGUUCCUGUUGGUUGCAUUGAGCACAAAGCCACUACUUGGUGCAGCUGGUGCAGCUCCUGAGCAAGUGGUUGACACAACAGGGAAGAUUCUAAGAGCUGGUUCCAGUUACUACGUUGUUCCAGCCUCAUCUGAUGUUGGUGGCCUUGACCUUGCAAUCACAGAUGAUGAAAAAUAUUGUCCUCUUGAUGUUGUGGCUGUGGAUGGUUAUCAAGGCGCUCCUUUGACAUUUACACCUGUUAACACCAAGAAAGGUGUUAUUCGUGUAUCCACUGAUCUCAACAUCUAUUUCCCUGUUGAAACAACUUGUCCUGAAUCCACAGUGUGGAAGCUUAAGGACUAUGAUUAUUCAGCUGGACAAUGGUUUAUCUCUACUGGUGGUUCUUUUGGCAACCCUGGUUGGCAAACCAUUAACAAUUGGUUCAAGAUUGAGAAGUUUGAAGAUGCUUAUAAGCUUGUUUAUUGUCCAAGUGUGUGCAGUGAUUGUAGUCAUCAAUGCAGUGAUAUUGGAACAUACCAGGAUCAAUAUGGCAAGCGUCUUGUUCUGAGUUAUGCACCAUACAAAGUUAAGUUCCAGCGGGCUUGA